ACUUCCUGUAUUUUCAUUGACUGGUUGCUGCCAUAGACAUCAUAUAGGUAUGUCUAUAUGAUGUCUAUGGUUGCUGCUGCCGGCUUUACACGUCCAUUUUCAACUCAAACGAACCUACUGCUAAGCUAAGAUAAUCUAAUUAAAUUUAGUUGUUUGCUUUGACUAUCUCCAGAAAAUGACACUAUUGUCGCCAGAACGUAACGAAACCCUGUUCAAGAAUGUGUUAUCAUGUUUCCGACGCUGACUGUCUUUGGCUUUGUCGCCAUUUUCAUGACACCAGGACUUUGCUGUUCAUCUAAAGAAUAUGAGACAAGAGAUGGGUGGUGUUGUCCGAUGUGCCAAAAAGGUUUAGUUGUUCAGAUAAACUGCACUCUUCAGGAAGGCACACAGUGUAUCCCCUGUGUGAAUGGGACAUUUAUGAACAGACCCAAUGGCCAGAAUAAAUGUAACCCCUGCACCUCCUGUGACCAAGGUAACGGUCUCUUUGCCAAACAGGGCUGCACAGCAGCAACAGACACAGUCUGUGAUGUUGUAAAUGGAUAUUUCUGCAAGGCCUUCACGGAUGAGUCAGGAUGUAGUUCUGCAGAAAAACAUACGCAGUGUGGACCCGGUCACAGGAUAAAAGCACCUGGAACCAGCAGAACGGACACAGUGUGUGAAAGCUGUCCGGCCGGCUAUUUUUUACUUGAUGGUGUGAAUUGUACAGUUUGGACUCUUUGCUCACAAACCCAAAUGAAGAUCAAAGAAGGAAACACAACCAGUGAUGUCGUCUGUGAAGCUGCUUCAAGACACCAUUACUUUCUUAUAGCUGCAUUAAUACUAUUCACAUUAACAGGGGCUGGGUUUGGGAUCAAAGGUGGACUAUCAUCAUCAAAAAAAAAAAAAAGAAAAUCCUCGACCAUCUGACAGAAUGGCUCCAUCUGGAUCUCCAGAAUCCAGCCAGGUUUUGAUGAUACAGCGGCAUCACAGUUCCUGACAUUCCAUUGGAAGGGAGGCCAUCCAGCCCAACAGUCAUCAGUAAAUGAAUGGACUUGCUUUUUAUGGUGGCUUUCUAAAGUGUUUCUGUACAUAUGACAUAUAUUGCAUGUAUACAGAUAACUCGAGUAAAUCCAAAACGCAGUUUUUAAAUGAUGAUUUCAUUCAUUAAGGGAAAAAAGCUAUCCAAACCUACCUGGCCCUAUGUGAAAAAGUAAUUGCCCCCUAAACCUAAUAACUGGUUGUGCCACCCUUGGCGGCAACAACUGCAAUCAAGCGUUUGCGAUAACUGGCAAUGAGUCUUUCACAUCACUGUGGAGGAAUUUUGUCCCACUCGUCUUUGCAGAACUUUUUUAAUUCAGCCUCACAGGCUGUAAUUUGCCUUUCAAGACGAUCAUCAGAAAUGAAGGAUAAUUCUAUUUACUGUCAGUCAGACUGGUGUCAGAUUUAGAAUUUAUUUUUAGCAAGCAGACCAUCAUUACAUCGAGUAUCACCAUAUGUUUUACGUAUACGUUUUAUAUGGAGGAUCAGCUGCAGUAAACAGAAACCUCUUCCAGUUUCUUUACUUUAUAUAUCAUACACCCUGAUCAUUGGAACCCUCCCCUGGAUGCCAUUUGUGCCCAGUCUCUUUCUUAUUGUUGAAUCAUGAACACUGACCUUAACUGAGGCCACUGAGGCCUGCAGUUCUUUAGAUGUUGUUCUGGGGUCUUUUAUGACCUACUGGAUGAGACGUCGAUGUGCUCUUGGACUAAUUUUGGUAGGCCGGCCACUCCUGGGAAGGUUCACCACUAUCUGUCUUCUCCAUUUGUGGAUAAUGGCUCUCACCGUGGUUCGCUGGAGUCCCAAAGCCUUAGAAAUGGCUUUGUAACCCUUUCCAGACUGAUACAUGUCAAUUACUUUGUUUCUCAUCUGUUCUUGAAUUUCUUUAGAGCAUGAUGUGUUGCUUUUUGAGAUCUUUUAGCCUACUUCACUUUGUCAGACAGGUUCUAUUUAAGUGAUUUCUUGAUUCAACAGGUCUGGCAGUAAUCAGGCCUGGGUGUGGCUAGUGAAAUUGAACUCCGCUUUCCAAAAAAUGUGGUUAAUCACAGGUCAUUCAUGAAAAAUAAGAAACCAGGAAUGGGGCAAAUACUUUUUCACACACUCUAGCUGUCUUGUGAGAAAAUCCCUCACCACUACAAAUGUCCAAGGACAGAGGACAUCUGGGGUGACAGUGGAUAGGGGCGACUGUCGCUCAGUGUUAGAGAAGUGUGGUUCUUUUAUCAGGAUCUGCUGUUCGAUGCCUGGCUCUGCUAGUCCAUAUCGAUGUGUCUUUGGGCUUCGCCAGCAGUGUAUGAAUGAAUGUGUGUGAAUGUCAGAUAGACUACUGAUGAGAAUUGUGAAUGAGAAGUUGUUGAUUGACAGUUUGUCAUACAAUCUGUUGAUUUUAUUUGUUCUUGUUUUGUUGUUUUACUAACAUUUUCUAAAUAAAUAAAUAUUUUCUAAACACUAUAAAGCAAAAUGGUUGUCACUAGCCACUCAUAUUUAUCAUCCCAUUAGUUUAUGACUGUAUGAAGAUAAUUGUUAAAUCUGUAAUAGCUAGGUGUUAGGAUGGCCACGUAGCGGCCGGAGUUUAAAAGUAGGAGGCUUGACACAGAGGUUAUGUGCAGACCAGCCAGGUGUUUCUUCCACCAACAAUUAACAAAGAAACAUGAAACAUCUCCUCAAACAAUGGCGUCGGGGCAGCAUGUGGUCCUGGCAGCAACACUGCUGGGUGAUUACUGGCAGCCUUAUAUAGCAUGCCCCUGACGAGGACCUCAACCUCACCACUGUAUAGGUAAC